CAAGCAGGCGGUAUGCACACCCACCUCCUCCAGAUUGAUGACCUGCUCAGCCUCCAGCUGGGCCAAUUAACAAGGAGCUUCAACAGUUUAAAACCCACCUGCAGCUCAGCUGAUACUCACUAGCCCAAGGGAACAAUGGAGAAAGCUCUUGUCAAUAUAGAUAUGAGAAGCUUUGAGUAUUCGUCUCCAUCGGCACUUGACAGGAGGUUUUUUGAGGAACAGAGUUUGUUGUCUGCUUUGUCCUUGGAACAAAUGUCCACAUCGAGAGCGUCAAUUGAUACAGAGGCUGACGGUUCUGACGCCAAGCUGUCCAUCCAGGCUUCUUUCUGUCUGUCACUGGACCCCUUUUCUCCACCUCCAACCUUUUCAAUGAGCAGCUUAAAUGCUCAAGAGACUGACAACUGUCACUUGGCUGUGCCUUCACAGGGCAAGUUCUCCACUCCACAAGUGCUCUUUCAAAAGCAAAAAAAGGCUGCUUGUUUCGACCAGCUGUACAGUGAUCUCACUGCCACGCAAAUGUCAUGGGAUGUGUCUUUGAUUAAACCAGAGAGCAACAGCCCAAAACCCAGCAUGGAGUCCAGCGCUCUGGAGCAGACGUGGAGUCCAAAGUCACAGUCUACACAGCAUUCAGGUGUAGGUGAAGUUUGUCCCUGACGAGCCAAAGAACUUCCUCUACACAACCCUCAACAUGGAGAUGUAGGGCUUAUCGGCUGUAUGUGACACCUGCCUCUGCAUCUAACAUGCAUCAAGGAUGAAUCAACAUGAAUUUUAAAACUCUGGACAUACAUGUGAAGGAGAGGGUUUAGCUAACCGUUUUAAAUCCUCUUAUGCUCUUGCAAAAUUGUCGACAAAUGGAAUGUCUGGAAUGUCCUCAAUCUGUUUUUUUUUUGUUUUUUUUGUUUUUUUAACAGGAUCCAUAUGUGAAAAUUAAGGCAGAAAGCUGUAUAUUCCUUUAACCAUUUUUAUUUUUAAAGAUUUAAAUGUUAAAUAAAAGUAACUUUAUUUGCUUAA